AUGAUGGCGGCCCAGGCGCUGGCGCUGCUGCGGGAUGUGUCGCGGCUGGAGGCGCCGCUGGAGGAGCUCCGCGCGCUUCAGUCGGUGCUGCAGGCGGUGCCGCUCAGCGAGCUCCGCGAGCACGUGGCGGAGCUGCGCCUUAGUCCGCUUUUCUCCCUGCUCAGCCAGAACCAUCGGGAACAGACCACUUUGUGUGUAUCCAUUCUGGAGAGAUUGCUCCAGGCUCUGGAGCCAGUUCACGUGGCUCGGAACUUCAGGGUUGACCUGCAGAGGGGGCUGACUCACCCCAAUGAUUCCGUAAAAAUCCUCACUCUAUCCCAGGUUGGAAGAAUUGUUGAAAAUUCUGAUGCGGUUACUGAGGUUCUAAAUAAUCCUGAAUUACUAAAACAAAUCAUUUAUUGUAUUGGUGGAGAGAAUCUAUCUGUAGCUAAAGCGGCCAUUAAAUCCCUGUCAAGAAUAUCACUGACCCAAGCUGGACUGGAGGCUUUAUUUGAAAGCAAUCUGCUGGAUGAUUUGAAAACUGUAAUGAAAACAAAUGACAUUGUUCGAUAUAGGGUCUAUGAGCUAAUUGUGGAGAUCUCUUCUGUGUCACCAGAAUCUCUAAACUGCUGUUCCACCAGUGGGUUGAUAACCCAGCUCCUCAGAGAGCUGACUGGAGAGGAUGUGCUGGUCAGAGCCACCUGUAUAGAAAUGGUGACUUCAAUGGCAUAUACUCAUCAUGGACGACAGUACCUUGCUCAAGAAGGAGUGAUUGAUCAGAUAUCUAAUAUGAUUAUUGGAGCAGAUUCGGACCCUUUCUCUAACUUCUAUUUACCAGGAUUUGUGAAGUUUUUUGGGAACUUGGCCAUCAUGGAUAGUCCUCAACAGAUCUGCGAGCGUUUUCCAGUUUUUGUGGAAAAAGUCUUUGAAAUGACAGAAAGUCAGGACCCCACCAUGACUGGCGUAGCAGUGGACACAAUUGGAAUUCUGGGGUCCAAUAUUGAAGGAAAACAGGUUUUACAGAAGACAGGAACUCGAUUUGAACACUUACUGAAGCGGAUAGGAUAUCAAGCAAAGAAUGCCUCAACAGAGCUCAGAAUUAGGUGUUUGGAUGCGGUUUCAUCUCUUCUUUAUUUACCACCUGAGCAGCAGACUGAUGACCUCCUGAGAAUGACAGAAUCCUGGUUCUCUGCUUUAUAUCGGGACCCGCUGGAGCUCUUCCGUGGCAUCAGUAAUCAACCCUUCCCUGAACUCCACUGUGGUGCCUUAAAAGUGUUCACGGCCAUUGCAAACCAACCCUGGGCUCAGAAACUUAUGUUUAACAGUCCAGGUUUUGUAGAGUAUGUGAUGGACCGAUCCACGGAGCAUGACAAAGCUUCAAAGGAUGCCAAAUAUGAACUGGUAAAAGCACUCGCCAAUUCCAAGACAGUUGCAGAAAUCUUUGGGAACCCAAAUUAUUUGAGACUCAGAACUUACGUGAGUGAAGGUCCAUACUACGUGAAACCUAUUUCCACAACAGCAGUGGAAGGAGCUGAGUGA